AACUCUUUCAUAGAAUUCAAAAAAUGCAGCACUCUGGCGCCAAAGCCAAGCUGCUCUGUUCUCUUGCUACUCCACCAUUUCAUACCACCGGAAGAGCUUCAGAACAAAACAUCUUAUCUCUGCUCCAAUCCUGCAAAACCCUUCUCAAUCUCACUCAAAUCCACUCGCAAAUCCUCAAAUUUGGUCUUCAAAACAACCCAUUAGUCCUCACCAAAUUCGCUUCCACUUCUUCCCUGCUCAACGCAAUCGAUUACGCUUCUUCUUUCAUCUUCUCUUCCAAUUCCACCACCCACUAUGAUGCAUUUCUGUUUAAUACUAUAAUUAGAGCCUAUGCUUUUACGAGUCAUACGAAAAAGAAUGCUUUGCUUUUGUACAAACAUAUGGUAGGCAUUAAUGUGAUGCCUAAUAAAUUCACUUACCCUUUUGUUCUCAAGGCUUGUGCUGGUCUUGGGAACUUGAAUUUGGGGAAACAGGUUCAUGGGUCGGUGAUAAAAUUUGGUUUCGAUGAUGAUAUUCAUGUGAAUAAUACUCUGGUUCAUAUGUAUUGUUGUUGUAGUGGAGGGAUUGAGUUUGCGAGGAUAGUGUUCGAUGAAAUUUGCAAGUCAGAUUGUGUGAGUUGGAGUGUGAUGAUUGGCGGGUAUGCUAGGUUAGGGAUGUCUACUGAUGCGGUUGAGUUGUUUAGGAAUAUGCAGAUUGCGGGAGUUAAGCCGGAUGAGGUUACUUUGGUUUCGUUGUUGUCUGCUUGUACUGAUCUUGGUGCGUUGGAGCUUGGGAAGUGGGUUGAAUCUUUUAUUGAGAAGGAGAAGGUUCAGAGAAGUGUGGAGCUUAGGAAUGCACUUAUUGACAUGUUUGCGAAAUGUGGUAAUGUGGAUAAAGCGUUGAGCUUGUUUCGGGGUAUGAAAGAUAGAACUAUUGUUACAUGGACUUCAGUAAUAGUAGGUCUGGCAAUGCAUGGGCAGGGUUUAGAGGCUGUUGCGUUGUUUAAUGAGAUGACAGAAAGUGGGGUUGCACCAGAUGAUGUUGCUUUUAUUGGGUUGUUUACUGCUUGUAGUCAUUCGAAUUUAGUUGAUGAAGGGAAGAAGUAUUUUGAUUUGAUGAUGACAGAAUUUGGUGUUGUACCUAAGAUAGAACACUAUGGUUGUAUGGUGGAUUUGCUUGGUAGAGCUGGACUUGUCAAAGAAGCUGUACAGUUUGUUGAAAACAUGCCAAUUAAGCCAAACUCGAUAAUUUGGCGAACACUAAUUACUGCCUGUCGUGCUCAUGGUGAGCUUCAUUUAGGUGAAACGAUCACAAAGAAGUUGAUUAGUAAAGAGCCAAUGCAAGAGUCAAAUUACGUCUUGCUUUCCAACAUAUAUGCAAAAAUGUCCCACUGGGAAAAGAAAACCUCAAUUCGAGACGUGAUGGGGAAGAAGGGGAUAAUGAAAAUUCCUGGAAGCACUAUGAUUGAGCUGGAUAAUAAGAUUUAUGAGUUUGUUGCCGGAGAUAAAACACAAGAUAAUUACAAAGAGAUAUAUGAGAUGAUUGAUGAGAUGACAAGGAAAAUGAGAAGGGCAGGAUAUGUUCCUACAACAGAAGAGGUUUUACUUGAUAUUGAUGAAGAGGACAAGGAGGAUGCACUCAAUAGGCAUAGUGAAAAGCUUGCUAUUGCUUUUGCACUUCUGAAGACACCACCAGGAACUUGUAUAAGGAUUAUGAAGAAUUUACGAAUUUGUGGAGAUUGUCAUUCUGCUACCAGAUAUAUAUCGAAGGUUUAUAAUCGAGAAAUAAUCGUGAGAGACAGAAAUCGUUUCCACAGUUUCAGGGAUGGAGUAUGCUCUUGUAAUGACUUUUGGUAAUAAUACCAGGAUAUAUAUGUGUGUGAUUUCUUGAAUGAUAUUUUUAAGUCCUUUCAACUUUA